GAAAAUAUUUACGUAAAAGCUUUUCGAUCAAAAAUUUUAUCUUUAAAUAAUGCAAGAAUUGAUAUUAUAUUAGAGUCUCUUUAUAGUUAGAGAAUUAUAAUACAAUCUUUUUGACUAAAAACAUCUUAGUUUAAAGAGAUAUAAAGAGUUCAGAAGACAAUAUAGAGAACAUGGCAAAUGAUGUCAAACACAAAUGGGUUGUCACUAGUUUUCUUAAUUUUUCUUAUUAUAUUCUUCUUUUUUGUUAUUCUCUUCAUGUUUAUGUUGCUAAUUGAUCAUGUACCGGAACAUCAAAUUUAUUCGUAUCACACAGUCGAAAUCCAAAUUCAUAUCAUCACCCCAAAAAAAUAAAAAAAAUAGAGAAAAUCAAUUGAAGCGUCUAAAAUAUAUUGAUUCUAUUAAUUCAUAUCCCUAAAACUUUUCAGAAACAAAACCUAGAGCAAAAAGAUAAAUUGUUUCUGAUUUCAUACCUCUAUGGUGAUAAUUGCUUCUCUACCAAAACAUCAAAUCAAACCACAAUUUCUAUCAAAUUAUUGCAACACAAACUUCAUAUCAUAUAACUUUUUUAAUCAUUUCUGAUUUCAUAUCAACACAAACUCCAUACAUUUAAUAAAAAUAAAGUAAUACACACAUUAGGUUACUAGGUUGGUUUAAAACCAAACCGAAAAAUUAACUUAAGCCGAUUGGGUUGUAGAAUAAUUUGGUUUGUAUUGGUUUAAAUUUGAUUGCUACGUUCGUUUUAAUGAGCUUAAUUUGUUUUAAAAUGUAAAGAUAUGGACUUUAAAACCAAAACCAUUGUGGGCUUUAAUGUAAUAGCCCACAAAACACUUACCAUUUAAAAAGAGGGGUGAAAAAAACCAAAUCCUCUAAAAACCAUAGCCUACUAGUAGAUGAAGAACUAUACAGCUCCUCCUCCUCCUCCUCCUCCAUCGUUUUCGUCGCUUCCAUAUGAAAUCAUCGAGAAUUGCCUAGCCCGCGUCUCCAAAUCCCAAUACGGUUCCCUCAGCUCAGUCUCCAAGAGCUUCCACUCUCUCCUCUCUUCUCCGGAGAUACACGCAGCUCGAUCUCAAAUCGGAGCCACAGAGCCUCGCCUCUAUUUAUGUUGUGAAAGUUUAAGGACGGCCACCCGUUGUUACAGCUGGUACAAUCUCAUGAGUCUCGAUGAUGAUGAUGAUGAUGAUGAUAUAACCAAAAAAGGAGACGCCUUUAUCAGCGUAGAGGGGGCUGAAAUUGAAAUGAAGACUGAGUUGAGGUUAGUACCUGUUAAAGACUCUUCCUUUCAAUUACGUGCUCGAUCAAAAGAAGCGAAUUUAGCUGUUGGUUCCGAGAUAUACCAAAUCGGCGGAAUCAACAAGAAGGGCAAGCGAUCUCGAUCCGUCUGUGUGCUUGAUUGCCUGAGUCACACGCAACGUCGUGCUCCUAGGAUGAGGGUUGCAAGAGAAUGCGCGAAAGCUUGUCUUUUAGACGGGAGUAUAUAUGUAAUGGGAGGAACCAGAAAGUGUGAGAGUUGGGGUGAAGUUUUCGACUUAAAGUCUCAGACUUGGAAGAAAGAGCUACUUCCUAGCCCUACUGGUGAUGAUGAGUUUGAUUGUAAAUUCGAACUCCUUGUCCUUGGGGCAAAGAUAUACGUUAUCACCGAGCAUAACAAGUAUGCUUAUGAUCCUAAACAAGGAAGAUGGUUGCUGCUGCUAGAGAUGGGUUUGGGUUUUGCGGGUAUAGAAUGGAUACUAGAAACAUGUGGGGUUUGGUGCGUUCUAGAUAAUCUAGUGUUUAAGGAGUUCAGCGAUGAUUUGUUCUGGUAUGAUGUGAGCUGUGGAAAGUGGGUAAUUGUUGAGGGUUUGGAAGAUCUGUGCAAUACCAAGGAGGAAUAAGCCGCCUGUUAUUCGAGAAGAGAAAACUUGCUUUGCCGUGAUUAGGUUGGAGAGGCGUCUGACUUCUUCUGGACUUGCUAUUUCGGGAGAGAUUGAACGGUUGAGCUUCUCUCUUGUUCACGGCUCAUAUAAUCCCUUGACAUGUUUAUCCGUCUCUCUUUGAUUAUCCUCUCUUACUUUAAGUUUGGAAUUGAGUGAAAUUUUAUUUCACUUUGUUUUGUAAUCUUUUUAAUUUAUGUUAGUUGUUUUUUUUACUUCCAUCUUUGUGUACGCUUAUAUAGAUAUUUGGUUACUUCAAAUAAUAUUAAUAAAUUUUUUGAGCUUGA